CAACAACAAUUCAUCACCAAAGUACGCGAAGAAGAUGAAGAUCGUUGCGCUCUCGGCGGUUCUGCUGCUGCUCUGUCUCGUCGCCGUCUCCUCGGCGGAGGAGUUCGAUUUCUUCUACCUCGUUCAGCAAUGGCCUGGAUCCUUCUGUGACACGAAGAAGGGGUGCUGCUUCCCGGACACGGGGAAGCCGGCGACGGACUUCGGCAUCCACGGGAUGUGGCCCAACUACGCCAAGUGCAAGACACGGGGCGAGGUCGGCGGCGGCGCCCUGGAGAUGGUGACCAAGCGGAAGAAGAAGUGCUGGCCGGAGUACUGCAACAACGGCGAGCCCCUAAAGAUCACCGCGAUCACGGACCUGCUCAAGGGGCUGGACGCCAACUGGCCGACGCUGGCGUGCAAGAGCGGCAAGAGCUUCGAGUUCUGGAGCUACGAGUGGAAGAAGCACGGCACCUGCUCCGGCCUGGACCAGCACGGCUAUUUCUCCGCGGCGCUGGGCUUCAAGGCGCAGCACAACCUCACCGCCAUCCUCGCCGGCGCCGGGAUCGCGCCGUCGGACGAGAAGACCUACUUCCUCAGCAGCAUCAGGGACGCCAUCAAGGAGGGGACCGGGUUCACGGCGAACCUGGAGUGCAACAGGGGCGCCGCCGGCGAGACGCAGCUGUUCCAGGUGUACCAGUGCGUCGACCGCGCCGGGAAGAAGCUCAUCGACUGCCCGCUGCCGAUGACGGGCAACUGUAAAGACAGGGUCCAGUUGCCGGCCUUCUGAUUAAAUUGACCAAUUCUUGUUGAGCCUCCUACGGUCGCCGGCUGGAUUAUCAGAUGGAUGUACCAUUGUGAUAUUUUACAGAUUCGGGUAUGGUACGUAUCGUAGGUGAAUAAGAGUCGUCCAUUUUCGUGGAGCCAAAGGUCCAUAUGUACGUAUAUACCAGUGUUAACAGUGCGAGUAGUAAAUUUUUUUUUUUUUGAAGUAGAGUAGUAAAAUUAUUAUUACUACUCCGUACUAGUA